AUGACCAUCUUUGCUACUCCUCUGGUACCUGGAUGCGCAUUCCUCUUCCUCACUCUCAGGGUGGUUCUGCAAAAUCUCACCCACGCGGAGGACGUGAGACGACGCGUCUGUCCGUGGUACAAGGCAGUGAUUCGAGAGCCAGGUGUUAUCAAGGGAUUGGUGGAGCCUUCACAACACCCCGCGCUCCACCUUUCUGACAUGCUUCCCGACACUUUCUACAGCGUGGAGGUGUGCGCCGUCCUCCACAACGGCUCCCGCUCACCUUCUGUCCUGCUCUCUUCCUCCCCCCUCGUGCCUGCUGCGCCUCCUUCUGGCUAUCCCUCUCAGAUUCACGUGCGAGUGUUGAGCGGUCAGUCUGUCCAAGUUGCAUGGGAAGUUCCUAACAACAUUGAAUGCAACGGCAUGUUGAUGGGCUUCAUAAUGGAAGUGAAUUCUACUUACGAGACGUCGCAUCUGAUAACCAUCGCCCCGGAGACGAAUGAUCACAUUCUGACUGAAUUGAUGCCAGGUACGGAUUACUCCCUUCGAAUGUUGGCAAGCACCCGAGGCGGGCAGGGCCAGUGGUCCCCACCAGUGCGCUUCCGCACUCAGGGCAAAGCGCGUACCAUCGAUAUGGAGGUUUUUGUCACUACCAUACCACCUACGCUACCAUUGCCACCGUUGCCACCGCUACUCUCGCCACAGCAGGGUGACCUCGAUGGCACUCUUGAGGGUGAACUUGGGGCCACUGCACAACCCGUCUAUCUGGUACCGGACAAGAUAAUGGAUUUUCGUGGUCAAGGGCUCAUUAAUGCUAUCCAUCUCUCAUGGACUAUUAAGUGGCGGCGUCAUCGCAUGGGAGGAUAUUUUGAUCCUCAGGGCCAUACCAAAUGGGAUGAGGAAGUGGGAGUGGAGGCGGCUGAAUCCCUUCAAAAGGACCCUAAUGCCAUGCUUCGUCUCAUUUGGACUGCUGGUGACGCUGAACCGGCUGAGAUCAUGAUUAGUGCUACAUUCACUUCAUAUACGCUCGAAAAUCUUCGAGCUGGAACGCCACAUCAUUUCCGACUGAUUGCAAUCAUACCCGGCGAGGACGGACCUUCGGCUUACACUGUUUCGACGCCCAAGUAUAGGAACAAGGGAAAUUCUUUCGCGAAAGACAUCCAUGAGGCCUCCAGGCGUCCUCUCAUACCCGUGAAUCUCUUGGCUCAUGGAAUAACCCCGAUGGAGGCGACAUUACAGUGGGAGCUACCACGAGAAUUUCAUAAGUCGCAUUACAGGGAUAUUUUGGGCUUCCAAGUGCGCUACUACCCCAUCAGGCGGCACGAUCCCGGAGAGUCUAUGCUAAUGCCUUCAGCAGUUGUACCCGUCCUCCCACUGCUGGUGAACAUCUCCGAUCCCGGAGCCACUGGUGUGGUACUGCGAAAUCUGGAGCCCGGCACGGUCUAUGAGUUUGCGGUGCGCGUUGUCCCCCUGUUUAAUGGGAUCGCUGAACAAUCGGAUGCCUGGAGUAUGGUACAGGGCUUUGAGACACCAGGACAACGCCCGGAAUCUCCGCCACAGAAUAUCACGGUGAGUGCAGUGAUGACUGGCUAUCUUUCGCCACCCAACUCGGUGGGCACUAGUGCUGGUAGCGGUGGUGGUGCCAGCAUUCUGGUGAAUUGGCAAGGUGUAGCAACUGUUGGCAUGCGCGGGCUCUAUCACCUCUACAUCUUGCCCGUGGAAGAGUUCGAUGCACCGCGCACCCAUGAGUGGCCACAGCACCGUUCUCCAAGGAGGCAGUGGAGCGAGCAUUCGGUGUCAGGUGCGCAGAACUCUACUGUAUUGCACAACCUCCGCACCGGACAACCCUACGUUCUUGUUAUGAGUGCGCAAAACCGCUUUGGAAGGAGUCCACUGUCUUCCCUCUGCUUCUUUAGAACUGCAGAUGCGGACGGCUCCGGUUUCAUUUUCCUGAAUAAACUUGGCGAGAGGUACGAGUUGGAGAGGAUGACACCUACUGGAAUUCAACGCCUCUCUGAGGAGCUGGAAGUGGUUCUCAAAACGUUGAGAUCUUCUGACGCUGCACGAACUGCUACUCCCUCCAAGGGUGAAGGAAGCGUUGAUGAUAGACAAAGUCAAUGGAUUUUGGUUGCCGCCGUGCUUGCCGUCAUUGUUAUCAUAAUUACCAUUCUAGCAGUGACCGUCGCUCUCACCCGCCGUUUCUCACGCAGUCGACUGGAUAGGGUCAGGAAGGAGUACCUUGCUGAAGCGACAAAAAGAAUUGCUGAGAAGGGAGAAAUAAACUCACCAAUGCCUCAAACAAGUCACGACAACCACCAUUCAGCCUCACCAAGCUGCUGCGAAGCCGGGUUUACCCACCGUGUAGGCGGUAGUGGCCUGGAAAGUCUGAUGCAUGCCCAGGCACCAUUGCCCCCAGGGGGUUUUGAGAACCCUACCAAUUUCAGUCCUUACGGAGGGAUGUCCUUCGUUAUGGGCAGCGGUGUUGGUGUUAGCGGUGGCGGUUGCAGUGUCGCAUCCAGUUCGGUGCAUAGCCAGCCUGUUCUCGUGCACACCAACGCCCCUACACCUUCAGCCGGUGGUGUUGCCGGUCGAGGGGGCUCAGAGUCAGACUGUCGUACCACGCCGAUUGACAGCGACCUCGAGAGUGCCAAGUCGGCAAACUUGGUUACGGCCUUCUCUUACCACCAAGGGUACCACCAACUUCCGUCGCAUCAAACUAUUUCACCGGCUCGACAGCACGGAACCACCUCACCUCCUGCCAUCGCUACUGCUGCGGGUGAAAGAAGCUUGGCUCUCGGACAUGCCGGCCUCAUUGCAGGCUCACCGGAUAUGCGUUCGGUGGGGGAUGAGGGCAAGCGGGGGGGCUGCUACCGUAAAUAUCACCCCCAUCAAUCAGUACCACUGCCUCCCAAAAUGGAGGAUCUUUUCGCCUCUCCUAACAAAUCGCCGGUUCGACCACUGGUACUGCCUUACCCUGAAAUGGGCCGCACCGAGACAGUGGGCGGAGUGGGUGCCACUGGGAGUAGCGAGUCUGCUGAGGCCUCGCGUUCCACUGCGGGCAGCAGUGGCUAUGACAGCAGCGCGCCCACCAGCAACCAACUUGUGGGCAUUGGCGACAAGAUCCUCACGGAAUCUUUCAUGGUGCGUCAACAACCGCGCCUCGAUACCCACCCUAUCAACAGUGGUACUCUUCCGCGCAAAUUUAAUACACCAACCUCUGAGGGUGAACGGUCCAGGUCUGACGAGAUGCGUUAUCAAAACCACGCUAGCAUCAAGCUCAACUCCUACUCCAACGCCCUCCCGAUCCCUCGCAUUUCUGCCCUUGAUGACGCGAGUCUAUCCAAGGUCUACAGCACCGAGGAAUUAACGGAGGAGAUGGCGAAUUUGGAGGGUUUGAUGAAGAACCUCACCGCUAUCACCCAAAAGGACUUCGACUGCACUAGUGAGGUGUAG